AUGCAAUUCUCGCGGAUUCUCGAGGGCGUAGUGUUUGCGAUUAGCGGAGUGGCGAAUCCGGAGCGCGCCGAGCUGCGCGGGAAGGCGAUGGAGAUGGGCGCGCGGUACCGGCCGGACUGGACGCCGGAUUGCACCCUGCUCGUCGCCGCGUUUCCCGGCACGCCGAAAGUCAGAUCCGUGACUGCCGAUGACGGCACGAUUGUUUAUAAGAGGUGGGUGGAGCAGUGCUACAGUAAUCGCCGCCUUAUGAGCAUCUCCCCCCACCUCUUGCAUCUCGGGCGGCCGUGGCGCCAAGGCGGGCCGGCAGACAGAGACGUGGAGGACGGCGGCGGGCGGCGCAGACGAAUCGUGCCGGCCAGAGAUCCGGGGCAAAGGGGGAGGGAUGGGGGGAGGGGGCGGGGAGGGCGAGGGGACACGGGGAGAGCUGGGGGGAGGGGAGACGGGCAGGGGGGUGACAGGUUGGGAGGUCAUGAUACGGGAAUGGGGCGUGGGGGAACGCAACAAGAAAGAGAAGGAGCAGGGGGGGGAACAGGGGGACAGGCGGAGGCGGGGGUGGGGGAGGGGGAGGAGGAGGAAGAAAAGAAGCCCAAAAGGCGGAGGCUGCUCAUUCCCCCACUGACUGGGGGCGGAGACAUGGGGGGAGGGAACGGGGGGAAGCUAUCGGGGGAGGAGCUAGUGGCGCAGUGGGUGGCGGGGGACAUGGUUCACGUGAGGGCGUUUUUAGAGGAGCAGGAGGAGCAGCCUCCCGAGGGGGAGGUGGAUAGAGUGGCGAGAGAAGGCAUGCUGGCGUGCUUUGAUGACGCCAUUGCUGGCGUGGAGAAAGGGCAGGCGCUCGCAGCAUCGAUUGCCUCGUGGCCUGUCGUGCCACGCGCGCUGGACCCCCAAACCUCUGUCUCCGCCCCUCCGCACCUCCUCCCCUCCUCGCUUCCACCGCUGCCGAUCUCCCUGGGAAUGGGGGAGAGGGGGAAGGGGGAGGGGGGAGAAGGGAGUGGGGGAAGUAUAGGGGGAGGGGGAGGGAUCUCGGUUGGUGGGGCAGUGGGAGGAGAGAGGGGCGAGGGAAGUGGAGGGGCAAGAGAUGGGGAUGAAAUGGCAGGAGGGACUGGUAGGGAAGGGGAUGGGCGUGUUGGUAAUGGUGGUGUUGGCGACACUACGGUUGGAAAUGAUGGUGCUGCUGCGGGUGGCAAUGUGGGCAGUGGGAGCAGAAUUGGUGCUGCUGGCCCCGCACCAGGAGAGGGAGAGAGGAAUCUAGACAAGGGAGAUGGUCGUAGUGGAGUUCAAUUUAGCGGGUUUCACGCGGCUAUCGCUCCUUCUGCCGCCAUGGCUACUGCGCGCCAGUAUUUCCCGCCGCAGUCGCAGCGCCAGCCGCAGUUCUGGCGGCCGGGAGCGGCGCGUCCGGGCGAGUCGCUCGCGUCUCGGGCGUCGCUAGCGGUGGACGCGGACGGCGCGGAUGCUGACGUGUCAAUAGCCUCGCUGGCAAGUCCCUUUGUACAGAGCGGGCGUGAGAAGCUACCGGUGUUCAAGCACAGGGAGGGUAUCUUAUACCUGGUGGAGACUCACGCCGUCACUGUGGUGGUGGGGGAGACAGGCAGUGGCAAGACCACUCAGAUACCGCAGUACCUGGUGGAAGCAGGGUGGGCGGCAGGAGGGCGAGUGGUGGCGUGUACGCAGCCCAGAAGAGUAGCAGCUCAGAUGGUGGCAAGCAGAGUGGCGGAGGAGAUGGGGGUGGCUCUGGGGGAGAGAGUGGGCUACAGCAUCCGCUUUGAGAACGUCACCACGCAGGGAGUGACUCAGAUCAAGUUUCUCACAGAUGGGGUGCUGCUGCGGGAGAUGAUGGAGGACCCGCUGCUCUCCAGAUACAGUGUGAUCAUGGUGGACGAGGCGCAUGAGCGCAGCCUGGCAACGGACAUUCUCCUGGGCCUCCUCAAGAAGGUGAUGCGGCGGCGUCCUGACCUCCGAUUGGUCAUCUCAUCUGCCACGCUGGCAGCUGAUGACGUGGCAGCCUUCUUUGACACCAGCCACGAGAAGCCCAAGCCCUUGUCGUCACAAGGCCUUAACACCCUUCCCAGCCGCAAGCCAGCUAUCAUUUCAGUGGAAGGAAGGAGUCACCCGGUGCAGCUGCUGUACCUUGAAGAACCCACAUCGGACUACCUGCAGACAGCACUUGACACCGUGCUCGCCAUUCACUGCCAGGAGCCUCCAGGAGACAUACUUGUGUUCUUAACGGGACAGGAGGAGGUGGACACGUUGGUGCAGCUUAUAGCGGAGCAGAGCAACAGCUACACUCCCUCGUCCGAGAAACUGAGAGGCCUCCAGGCGUUUCCUCUCUAUGCUGGUCUACCAGCCGGUGAUGUUGAGGCUGCAUUUGCGCCCACCCUGCGGGGGAGGAGGAAGGUGCUGGUGGCGACCAACAUUGCCGAGACGUCUCUCACCAUCGAGGGCAUAGUGUACGUGGUUGACUGUGGCUUUGUCAAGCAACGGUUCUUCGACCCUGUAUCAAACGUGGAUGCGCUACUGCUAGUGCCCGUGUCACGAGCAUCAGCACAGCAGAGGGCAGGCAGGGCAGGGCGAGUGAGGCCGGGGAAAUGCUACAGACUGUACACAGAGCACAGCUACUUGACAGAUCUUGCCGCCCACACAAUCCCGGAGAUCCAGCGAUCAGAUCUCACAGCAACAGUGCUGCAGCUCAAGUCGCUCGGCAUCGACAACAUCAUGCGAUUCGAUUGGCUCUCGCCGCCCGCGCCGUCCGCCAUGAUCCGCGCACUAGAGACGCUCUUUGCCGUCCGGGCGCUGGAUAUGGACGGCAGACUGACCAAGCCUGUUGGAGUCCAGCUGGCAGAGUUUCCUCUGGACCCUCUGAUUGCCUUCAUGCUGCUUGUAUCGGCCAAUGCACCUGGCACCACCGCUGAUGGUGCUACUGGUACUGCGAUGAAGAGUGGAGGGGGUGGAGGUGGCGUGGGUGGGGGGAAGGAGGAGGAUGAUGAGGAGGAGGAAGACGGAGAUGGGGAGGACGCUGAUGGUUGUUCCGAGGAGAUGUGUACAGUUGCUGCGUCACUGUGUGUGCAGUCAGUGUGGGUGGGCAGCAGCGGCAGGCAGAGGGAGUCAGACAGACUCAAAGAGCGAUUCGCUGCUGCAGAGGGCGACUUUGUCUCCUACCUGAACGUGUAUGAGGGCUUCACUCGCAGUGGCCGGUCACCCAAGUGGUGCCACGCCAACGGCAUCAACUACCAGGCCAUGCUGCGAGUGGACGAUGUGAGGGGGCAGCUGCGGAAAGGGCUAAGGCGCCUGGGGCUGAAGCUGCUGUCAUGCAGAGGUGACGUCAUGGUGGGUAUGCUCAUGACGUCAUGUCCCCCUACCUGUCCCUCCUCUUCCCCAUUUCUGUUGCUUGCCUUCCCACCCACACCCACCCACAACCCCACCACACCCCCUCCAACCCCGCACCACCCCUGA